AUGAUUACAAUUCUGAAUGUCAAACCUGAAGACAACACAAAUAGAGUUUUGACAUUGGAUCGAGCACCAAUUCAUCAGGUUGAUCAUGUGGUUAGUUUGCCUGCUGAAUCUCUAGUUCAGAAUGAUCAAAGCAGCACGCAGCAGCAUGGUACCAAGAGGGCACAAGCAGAUCUUGGAAAGGGGAGAAGACAGGUCAGGCUUGUACCUGAUGCUAUGAAUGCUGGGCACUCUAUUCAAGUUCAGCUUGCUUCUCAGGCUGCCAAGCGUAUGAAUGAAAACAGGGCUGUGGUAAUGAUUCAGGAAAAUAAGAAGCUUUUUGCAAAGUAUGUUUCAAGAAUAAUAAGCUAA